GAUCCCCCAAACCAGAAAAUCCAAUCCAACCAUGGCUUUUCCACACUCUUCCAACAUCAGCCAUGGCUACCACGCUCUCUCUAUCUAGUUCCUCAUUUCUGAAAUCCACUUCAAGAAGCAGCUCCAGCUCCAGCUUCAGACUUAGAGCUUCUCUGUCGACGUCCCCGUCAUCCAUGGCCGCCACGACGGAGAAGGUGAUCCCCGCCGUCAUAGUGGGCGGUGGCCGCGUAGGGAGAGCCCUGCAAGACAUGGGCGGCGGCGAUGAUGUUCUAGUUAAGAGAGGGGAGCCUGUGCCUCUGGAUUUCGCCGGUCCGAUUUUGGUUUGCACCCGCAAUGAUGACCUAGAUGCGGUGCUUGAAUCCACUCCAAAAUCGAGAUGGAGCGACUUGGUGUUUUUCCAGAACGGAAUGCUGGAGCCGUGGUUUGAAACUAAAGGCCUUGGAGAUGCUGAUCAAGUUCUGGCAUAUUUUGCUGUGUCAAAGCUGGGUGAGCCUCCUGUGGACGGGAUAACUGACACUAAUCCAGAGGGAUUAACUGCUGCGUAUGGGAAGUGGGCUUCUGCUGUUGCUGGGAGAUUGCGUGCUGGGGGCCUAUCUUGCAAGGUGCUUGAAAAAGAGACUUUCCAGAAACAAAUGCUUGAGAAACUUAUAUGGAUAUGUGCUUUCAUGCUUGUUGGAGCCCGUCAUCCUGGAGCAACAGUAGGUGCUGUGGAGAACGAAUAUCGUUCUGAGGUAUCAGCCCUUAUAGGUGAACUCGCUGCAGCUGCAGCCUCGGAGAAGGGUUUGGUCUUUGAGGGUGCGAUUGAGGAGAGGCUAUGCGCUUACUCACGGGCAGUUGCUCACUUCCCUACAGCGGUCAAAGAGUUCAAAUGGAGGAAUGGAUGGUUCUAUUCUCUCACAGAGAAGGCAAUCGCUCAAGGCAAACAGGAUCCAUGUCCCUUACACACUUCCUGGCUCAAAGAACUCAAGAUAGUUUAGUUAGAGUUUUUUUUUUUUAAUGGUAUAAGUACAUUUUAUCAUUUUGUGUAAAAAUGGGACUUCAAGUUGUUACAUGCGUACCUUAAAUUCCAUAUCGCCUACUAUAUCUCUAGACAUUACUAA